AGACUUGGGAAAAAGCACUACAGAGAUCCCGCUUUUCGUAUCAAGAAAAUUUUCAUGGCGUUCCAAAGGUGGCAUGUUUUAGAAAGAUUUUCUCCCGAACAGAGCAUACACGUUUCUACCAUAUGUAUUACAUCUCUCUUGAAUCAAAUCAUUUUCAUGUUCGUUGUUCAAUCACAUUCUAAACCUCCAAAUAUUAAGUUUUGAUUCUCAACUGACUUCUUCUCACCAUGAGCGAAGAGCAAAAAGUCGGCGAGCACGUUCCUGAUCGGAGCCCUUCUCCGCUUCACAAUACUCCCAACAAACUCAACUCCACAUCAUUGUCCAAAAGAUCUCUGCCAGUGCGCAUAUUUGAUAGCUUCCGCCGAGAUCCUAACCAACAGGCCACUGCAACUGGUGAGAUCGUUGAUUUGAAACUCGAGCAUGAACAUAGCGACAGUUAUGACGUUGAAAGUGCGAUUGCGAAUACCGCAAAAUCACCCUUAGCGAGAAAAUUGGAAGCGAGGCAUUUGCAGAUGAUCGCGAUUGGUGGCUCUAUUGGAACUGGCUUAUUCGUAGGAUCUGGAAAAGCACUUGCUGCCGGAGGUCCAGCGUCGCUGCUCAUAGCAUUCAGUAUCAUUAGUUUCAUGCUUUACUGUACUGUCUACGCCUUGGGAGAACUGAGUUGCUUGUACCCCAUCGCUGGAAGUUUCAGUGCUUUUGCAACUCGGUUCUUGGAUCCAGCUUGGGGAUUUGCCAUGGGUUGGAACUAUGCCUUGCAGUGGAUGGUAACCCUACCUCUAGAGAUUGUGGCUGCAGCAAUCACUAUUCAAUACUGGAAUUCACCCAUCUCGCCCGCGCUAUGGGUGACCAUUUUCUUGGUUUUGAUAAUUUUGAUUAAUCUCUUCGGCGUUAAGGGAUAUGGCGAAGCAGAGUUUUGGUUUGCACUUGUGAAGGUCGUUGCUAUCAUUGGCUUCAUAAUACUCGGCAUAGCAAUUGACUGUGGUGCUGGACCACAAGGCAGAUACAUUGGUGGUUCCAACUGGAUUCAUCCCGGGGCGUUCAAUUACGGCUUCAAAGGUCUCUGCUCUACCUUCGUCACUGCGGCUUUUGCUUUCAGUGGCACGGAGCUUGUUGGAUUAGCGGCUGCUGAGACAGCCGAUCCCAGAAAAAGUCUCCCUAGAGCUGUGAAGCAGGUCUUUUGGAGAAUCUCACUUUUCUACCUCAUCUCUCUCACGAUAGUCGGUCUCCUGGUGCCCUGGGACGAUCCUCGUCUUCUCAACGGCAUGAGCUCUGCAGAUGCGAAAGCCUCCCCUUUUGUCCUAGCCAUAAUUAACGCAGGAAUCUCCGGUCUGCCUUCAGUUUUCAACGUUGUAAUUAUGAUAGCUGUCCUUAGUGUCGGUAAUUCGGCUGUAUACGGCUCUUCUCGAACGCUUGCGGCACUCGCAGAACAACGUCAAGCACCACGAAUCCUCGGAUAUAUCGACCGCAAAGGUAGACCUCUUGUUUCAAUCUUAUUCACCUGCGCUAUUGGCCUUAUUGCGUACACUGCAGUCAUGAACGAAGCAGCCGAGAACAAUGUGUUCAAUUGGCUUAUGGCGUUGAGUGGUCUGAGCUCGAUCUUCACCUGGUUGACUAUUUGUCUCUGCCAUAUUCGCUUCCGCGCCGCAUGGAAAUUAGCAGGCCACAGUCUCGACGAAUUGCCAUUCAGAUCACAACCAGGCCUCCUAGGGUCUUGGGCUGGGUUCGUAUUAAACAGCCUUGUGUUCGUCGCCCAGUUCUGGACCGGUUUCUCACCAGAAGGCUAUCAAGAUAUGACCACGAGCGACUUGGUCAUCAAUUUCUUUGAAGUCUACCUUGCGGCACCCAUCAUCGUCAUUUCGUACGUGGGGUAUAAGUUGUGGUUCAAGACUAGGUUUGUGAAGCUCGCUGAUGUGGAUUUGGCUACUGGAAUCAGAGACUCAGGAGAGGAUUUGAGGGUGUUGAAGGAGAUGGAUAAGCUGGAAUUCAACGCGAGGCCAUGGUGGGGAAAGUUGUAUCAGAUCUUUUGUUAAAUGUAUUUGAGGUUCUGAAUUGUCUCUACAAAAGAAGUAGAAUAUUUUGACCCUGAACACAAAAUGUUGCCUUACAUUACUGGGUGCUGCUGUUGCGGCGAGCUCGAUUGCGAAAAGGUAUGGAGAAUAUAAGAGAGGCGAAGAGGGCGAUGUUUGAGCCAUGUUGACACCCAGAUGCAGUUUAUAAUAGC